AGAAGCCAUGGAGAUCAUGCUAAUAGCUGUUGUUUCUCCACUCAUCCGUUGUGAGUGGCAACUUAAUGACUGGCAGGUGGCUUUAGUGACAACGAUGGUGUUUUUUGGCUAUAUGAUAUUCAGUAUACUCUUUGGACUCUUAGCUGACAGAUACGGCCGCUGGAAGAUUCUGCUGAUCUCUUUCUUAUGGGGGGCCUAUUUCUCCUUGCUGACAUCAUUUUCUCCAUCGUACAUCUGGUUCGUUUUCCUCCGGGCCAUGGUGGGAUGCGGUGUGUCAGGCCACGCACAAGGACUUAUCAUAAAAACCGAAUUCUUGCCUACAAAAUACCGAGGGUAUAUGUUGCCCUUAUCUCAGGUUUUUUGGUUGGCAGGCUCCUUAUUAAUUAUUGGAUUGGCAUCAGUGAUUAACCCGACCAUAGGCUGGCGCUGGCUGAUCAGAAUCGCCUCUAUUCCAGGCAUCAUUCUCAUCCUGGCAUUUAAGUUCAUUCCAGAGUCUGCUCGGUACAAUGUAUCUACUGGAAAUAACAAAGCCGCCGUUGCAACACUGGAGAGGAUUGCCAAGAUGAACCGCUCAGUAAUGCCAGAAGGGAUCUUGGUGGAGCCUGUUAAUGAAAGACGAGGUAGAUUCAGUGACCUAUUGGACUCCAAAUACUUACGAACCACUUUGCAAAUCUGGAUCAUAUGGCUUGGAAUAUCUUUUGCUUAUUAUGGCGUCAUCCUGGCCAGUGCUGAGUUACUGGAGCGGGACAUGGUCUGUAGUUUGCAGACAGCAGCGAAGGAGUUGGGGGAUGAUUCAGAGGAAAGCCGCAGCCCAUGUCACUGUCGCUUGUUUGCCCCUUCGGAUUACCGGAUCAUGAUCAUCAGCACAAUUGGAGAGAUUGCAUUAAAUCCCUUAAACAUUCUAGGCAUCAAUUUCCUAGGAAGACGACUGAGCCUGUCUAUAACAAUGGGAUGCACUGCACUAUUUUUUCUCUUCCUUAAUAUCUGCACUACAAGUACGGGUCUGAUCGGUUUUCUCUUCAUGCUGCGUGCCUUGGUAGCAGCAAACUUCAACACCAUCUACAUUUACACAGCAGAGGUUUACCCUACCACAAUACGAGCUCUGGGAAUGGGGACAAGUGGUUCACUAUGUCGGAUUGGAGCUAUGGUGGCACCAUUUAUAGCACAAGUUCUCAUGAGUGCUUCGUUCCUCGGGGCCCUGUGCCUUUUCUCAGGCAUGUGUGUGGUGUGUGCCAUCUCUGCCUUCACUCUGCCCAUAGAGACCAAAGGAAGGGCGCUCCAGGUGUGUAAUAGCUCAUUUCUGACACAGCUACAGCUUUGUCCACAUGAGAAAAUGAUAUUGAUUUAA